AAGUCGAGACCAAAGAGGAGCAACAACAACUCGACCCUGACUCCUACUUCCCCCGAUACCGGAGGCAUAUACUCACCCAGAGAACCAGGGAUAGGAAGAUAACGCCUCCGUCGACGUCCCUCUCCUACCCUCAGCCCCCGCCAUGGCCGAGGCCACGGCUGGGCUGAGCGAGACCGUCACCGAGACAUCGGUUACCGUGACAACCGAGCCCGUGAGGAAGACAGGGGAAAAUCGUAGUCUAACUAUUAAACUUCGGAAACGGAAACCAGACAAGAAGGUGGAAUGGUCAAGUGAUACUGUGGACAAUGAACACUUAGGACGCCGUUCAUCAAAAUGUUGUUGUAUUUAUGAAAAGCCUAGGGCUUUUGGUGAAAGCUCCACAGAGAGCGAAGAUGAAGAUGAUGAAGGUUGUGGUCACACUCACUGUGUUCGGGGCCACCGAAAGGGACAACGCCGUACUAGCACUGGCCCACCCCCAGCUUCUCUCUCCCACCUCCCUAACCCCUCCCAACCCUCACCUGGGCCCAUGCAGCACUGAGCUUCACUCUCCUACCCUUGUCUCCCCAUUUGUCUGGACCUGAAUGUAUCUGUGUCACUACUUGGGGAUUAAACCUGUGGUUUGACCCCCCCCCCCUUCCCUUCCCAUCCCCCCACCUUGCCUCUCCUCUACCUGCUGGAGGGAAUGGGGAGGGGAAGGCAGGCAAAAAUCCUGGAGUCUUGACUUUGCUGCUAUUCCAGAACCCAGGCUUCCAGGCUCUUUCCACCCUUGAGGGACCCAGGCAUCUAGCUCCCUCAACUCUCAUUCUUCUUCCCUUAUACCAGUCCCUGUUCUCAGGGACCCAGGCAUCUUUUUACCCUAGACUCCAGUCCCAUUCCCAUCCAGCCCUCUGUUCUCACUGCCAAAUUCCCUUUCCUGGGAUCCAAAUCCUCCCAAUUCCCUAUUUGAAUCUCUAGCACACUCAAGAGUGGGCUUCAUUAUAACCCCAGCUUUCACUGCCAGGCCUCUUGUCCCAAGACCCAGGUAUUCACUCCCUUUAGUGGCCAGUUGCCCUGCUGCCAUGCUAUAUUCUAAUCCUGGCUUAAAGCACCUACUCCAAACAAAGUAUUAUACAAUCCUAAUUCUUAUUCGUCAGCUGGGGAGGUAUUUGGUUGUGUCAACUCUCAUCACGGCUGGAAAAUGUCUACCCUUUCCCCAGAGGUUGACAUCAGGGGGUUCCCACUUUCCUAUCCCUCUCCUAUUCCCAAAAUGUCCUUAGAAGGGGUUGAAGGGAGAAGGGCAGUACCUCCUAAUUUCCCUAUUCUUUCUAGGGCUUAAUUUUGGCAAAGGAAGCUGAAAUUCUGGUUGCCUGGGUUUGAUUCCCUCAGUUUUCUGGUUUUCCUGUCACAAAGUUUGGAUCUAGUAUGGUAUUGAUGAGAACUUUGGAGGGGAUAGAGAGGGAGCAAAGAGGUUGAUAUUCCUUCCAUCUGCCCACUCCCACGUAUGCCCAGAAGAGCACUACCAACUAAUAGGUCCCUCCACUCAAUUCCUGGGAAUGAGUCAUCCACUAUCUCCUAUGUUCUUCUACUCAUCUGCAAAGAUCAACCACCUCUUCGCUGAGAUUUCAUUUAUUGCCACAGGCUCUCAAAAAUAAAUAACCCAACAUCA